AUGGCCUCGAACUUGGUUUCCAGCUUGGCCGCUGGGAAGCCCCAGGGCAGCGCGCUCCUCUUCGACCGCGUCCCUGCGGUGGCUCGGCGCACGGCCGAGGCGGGCGCAGGGGCGGCCGAGGUGGCCUCCAGCCUCCCAGAACUCGCGGAAGGGAGUGACGUGGUGUUCCUGUGCUUGCCGGAGGGUGCCGUGGUCCUUGACGCUGUUCGGACCAUGGCUGGGAGUCUGCGCGAAGGGUCCCUGGUGGUCGACAACAGCACUACGUCGCCGGCCGUCGCACGGCAAGUGGCGCAAGAGUUGGCAGAGCGAGGCGUCGGCUUCCUGGACGCGCCCGUGACUGGAGCCCCGGCGCGCGCGGCCAAGGGCACGCUCACGGCCAUGGUGGGAGGCUGCGCGCGGCACCUGGAAGCGGCGCAGCCCUUCCUGGAAGCCUUUGCCACGCAGAUUCUGCACAUGGGCGAUGUGGGCAACGGGCAGCUGGCGAAAGCCCUCAACAACUGCCUGUACAACGUCAGCUGUGCCGCCAUGGCCGAGAUGCUUCCUUUCGCGCAGCGCUCGGGGCUCCCGCUGCCCGCCUUCGUAGACGCGGUGUCUUCCGGGACGGGGCAGUCGUUCGGCUUCAACCAGUGGGCACCUCUUGUCCUACAACGUGAGUUUGAGGCGCCAAAGCAUGGCUUCCCCAUGGGCUCAGCUUUCAAGGACCUGGAAACGCUUGCAGUCGCGGCCGCCUUAGUGCUGUCAUGCCCUUUGACAAGGGAUGGCGAGGUGCGGCUGAAGACAGAGAAAGACUACGGAGACGUGGUUGCCUUUCUUCGCGGCAAUCACGGAGUCAGUGUUCAUCCAGCAUCCAUCCACACUGCGGAGAUUCGGAAAGAUGAUUUUUUACGGCACCUCGCGAGGUUCGUUGGUGCGGAGCAUGACUUGUUCAUUGUGGCAAUUCAAGGGGAAAGCCAAGAUGGGAAGUUGGAGCUGUGUCAUGGCACAGUCUCUGAGAAAGUCUCUUGUCAAGAGAUCAUGCAGCUGUGGCGACAUAGACACACCAACUGGGCCCUUCCGCCAGCCAGCCUUUUCCUGCUUCUGGAUUUCUGCCAUAGUGGCGCUUGGGCUGUGUGUUGUGCGCAUUUGCCACGUGAGUGGGGAGUCUUUGUGCAAGCUUCCUGCUCGGAGAAGGGCAAGACGCCGGACGACUACAUCAAAUCGUUCAGUCAGACCUGGAUCAGCACGCAGUUGAAGGGGGAGAUCGUAUUUGUCAUGAAGUUGAUGAGUAGCUGCCAGUUCGAAUCCCUCAAGCUUUUUGAGCAGGCUGCUCAAGCUAUCCGAGGAAAAGGGCCUAGACAGGAGUCGAUGGAGGACCAGCAGGAAAUAUGUCAGAAAGCCCUGGAGGCCUUGUCCGAAAUGGUUGCAAUCUACGACCAGACGUCACUGAGUGACAAUGUCAGUGCUAAAGUCACGAGGGCCCUUGGCUUUUGGAACGAAUGGAAAGCCAAACAAGCAGCAGGCGAGCGGCAGCAGGCUUUGUUGUCGAAGGCAGAAGAGCAUCUUUGCCAGACGUUGACGCACGACAGCAAGUGUGGCUACCUGGAGGAGUUUGCCAAUGAUGGCAUCAAACUCUGCAGGAUUCAACUUGAGAAUCAGCUUCUGAGCAAGAUGACGGCAUCUAUCAGCUAG